CAAGCAGUAGCUAGCAUUCUGCGUCUCAAAAGACAAACUAGAGAUAGUGGUCAUAAUACUGUUUAGCUUGAUGGUGUGUCGUUGUGAGUUUGUACGCCCGCGUCGGCACAGUGUACACACGAUUACAAUUUGACCGAAGGUAUCAUACUAGCUAGUUUAAACUAGUGUCUCUCAUUCCGCUUCUUGUCUUUAGACAUCAAGCAACUUGCCUGCACAAGGAAACAUGUGGAUAUAUUGUUGCGCUUACAAUAGCUGAUGCCUCGAUAGUUACCGUAAUGAUAUCGAAGUGGACUUCCCCAUAACCUGUCAUUAUAUCGUCAAGUACAUUGAGUUGUGUGUAGGAAGUAAUUGAGAUUCAUCAAGUUACGCGCUCAAUUAAAUCUCAUUGAUCCGGGUCGGGAUUGGCCUUAACGUUCCGCGUUGAUUUUAUCCGCGUGAUAAAGACGUGAUCAACGCUCUCUUCUGUGACAACAGUGCUAUUCGUUACAUUAAUGACUAUUAGGACGUUUAAUGGGGAUGAGGAAAAAUCCAACUUGUCGGAUAAAAUUCUCAUAAUGAGUUAAAAGUGGUCGAGUUUUCUUGGAAUACUACAAUUCGUUCUCCCUUGGUUUUUCCUCGUUUGAAUUUGCAAAAUGUAUUCCUUCGAUGAACUCGGUAAUAGUACCAUUGGCUUUGACGUAGAGAUGAGCUCACUCUCUUUCAGCUGUCUGGAUGAUGACGCUCGAGGACAGCGCACCCCCAUGCGUCCAAUGAUCGCCGAAUAUGACCCUAAGAAGCAAGGAGUGAAAACAGAACUUUCAGACAUGGUUCUUGUCAAGCAAACUCACAGAUAUAAGGAUUAUAACUCAAUGGGAGAAACUUCCUUCAACAAUGAAACAAAUACAGGGAAUUUCAGUGUCAGUUCGGUUACAAUUCGCAAUACAAUUUCCCCUCGGAACAUUACGUACGGAACAUACAAGUGUGAGAAAAAUGAAGUACCAAUAACGGUUCAGAACGGCUCAACCCUGCCCCUGGUGGAGCGUCCGAAUGAUGAAGAAGCAGCCCUUUACGAUCCAUUUGAGCACAGGAAGUUAGCGCAUCCAACCUCCGACCUCGACACCCUAAUUCAUCUGCUCAAGGGUAGUCUUGGCUCCGGAAUUCUUGCCAUGCCACUGGCAUUCAAGAAUGCUGGAUUAUUCUUCGGUCUAUUUGCCACUUUUUUCAUCGGUGCCGUGUGCACAUAUUGCGUACAUAUACUUGUCAAGUGUGCACAUGCAUUGUGCAGACGUACGCAAACACCGAGUUUGGGAUUCGCUGAUGUUGCUGAAGCGGCUUUUCUCGUUGGGCCUGAACCGGUUCAGAAGUACGCUAGGCUUGCAAAAGCAACGAUAAAUUCAUUUCUAGUGAUCGAUCUUCUCGGCUGCUGUUGCGUCUAUGUAGUAUUCGUAGCCAAGAAUCUCAGUGAAGUCAUCAAUUAUCAUACAGAAAAUCAAUUGGAUGUACGAGUAUACAUGGCAAUGCUUCUACCACCAUUACUCCUAUUGUGCUUGGUGAGAAAUUUAAAGUAUCUAGCACCAUUUUCCAUGCUAGCUAAUGCCCUCAUAGCGACCGGUAUGGGGAUCACUUUCUACUACAUCUUCAGGGAUACUGAGCAGUUCAAGUAUAAAGAAAUACAUAACAUCGCAAGUUUCUCCCAACUGCCAUUGUUCUUCGGCACUGCCAUCUUUGCUUUGGAGGGAAUCGGCGUUGUUAUGCCUCUGGAGAACAACAUGAAGACUCCAACUCACUUUAUCGGUUGCCCCGGUGUCCUCAACAUCGGAAUGUUCUGCGUUGUCACUCUGUACAGCACAGUCGGCUUCUUCGGUUAUCUUCGGUACGGAGAGCUAACUCAAGCCUCCAUCACUCUGGACCUCCCCAAUAACGAGAUCCUGGGCCAAUCCGUCAAACUCAUGAUCGCCGUUGCCAUUUUCUUCACCUACGGUCUCCAGUUCUACGUCCCUAUGGAGAUCAUCUGGAAAAAUCUCAAAUGUCAUUUUGGCGCGCGAAAACUCUACGUGGAAUACAUUGUCAGAAUCGUAAUCGUUAUCCUUACAGUGGGGAUCGCCAUCGCUGUUCCCAACUUGGGUCCCUUUAUUUCUCUCGUGGGUGCUGUUUGUCUCUCAACACUUGGUCUCAUGUUCCCCUCUAUCAUCGAACUUGUCACCGUUUGGGAACAAGAGAACGGUCUUGGCCGUUACAACUGGAGACUCUGGAAGAACAUUCUCAUCAUUCUAUUUGGUGUUCUCGGCUUUGUCACCGGUACUUAUACAAGUAUUCUCGAAAUCGUUAACGAUGACAAGAAUUGAUGCGCUCGACGUGAUGUCUGCGUCUCAAUAAAUAGAUUGCAUAUUUCGCGUUAAAUGCGCGGCACGCAGCAACAACAUACAACAAUAAUCAAUAUACAAACGAUAACUUUCAUUGAUGCCUCGAAUAAGAUAAUUCGGGGCUUGCACAUGCGCCAUUUAUGGUUAACGAAGGUCAUAACUACGGCUCUCGAUGUUUAUUAUUUAUACGUCUAUGUAAUGAUCGAGCAUAGAGCGAGUUGUGUCGCUGUAGGAUUUUUAGGAUUUUAGAUGACAAAAGGAAGGUUAUUCUACUUAAGUUUUGUUUUUGUCACAGGACACGAGAGCCGGACCUCUCGAGUAAUAGUGCAACUGUAGGCUGCUGCUGAUUUCGACUGAGCUUCCUAUGCUAAAACAUUUGUUUUUUUUUUUAAUGAAUGAGAGUUGAUCUCUUCGAUUUAGGGAAAAAUGUCAAAUCGGCUCCAUUUUGUGCCUUCUAUCUCGUUAAUGGCGGCUGGGAUGCCAGGAUUUUAUGAUAAUGCUGGCUGUCUCAGUGGACGCUAUCUUUACGGCCGAGAAGGUAACGCAAUUCAAUGAUCAAUUAACUUGAUUUUCCUUUACAUCUGUGAAUAGCCGGUCUAGCCAGAAUCUCGGGACUGUGCCUCUAGGUUAGAAUUCUAUCAGAUGAGAUGUUUUCAUUUUUUAAUGUAUUCUUCCGUAAAUUAGUUUCGCCGUCUAGACCCGCCAGUAUUUUCUUCGCUUCUGCGGAGGAUAGACUAAUGAGAGAUACAAAAUUUCAAUGAAAUAAAAUUAUAGUGAUAGAGAGUAUUAAGUUGAUGAUUUUUUUCGAAUUUUUUUAUGAUGUAUUAUGAGAGUAGUAUUUGAGCGGUACCGACAGACUGAUUUUUUGAGUGAUUUUCUACUGUCAUCGACUGUGUGAAUUUGGACAAU